AUGAGCCCUUCGUCACUUGUAAGUCGAAUUCAGCUUUCGAUUGAUUUGGCACCGUCACUCACUAAAAAUGCAUUCGUACAUCCUUUUUCUGGUUAUAAUUGUAAGGAAAACGUUCCCGAAAAAAUUCAAGUAUUUCUGGCAAAUGCCAUAAAUUCGAAGCGUAAGGAAUACAACAGCGCAGUAAAGUUACUAUUGGGACACGUCGAGUUUGACUGCUCUCUUGCAGGAGAAGCCUUCACACAUGAAUACCAAAGCAAAGUACAUGACGGCUUCCAUUCGAUAGUCGAAAGAAAUCUCGAAGAAGCUAUCACAGAAACUUUGGAGAAAGCAAUUGGGAAGGCCGAUAAAGAAGAGAUUUGGUUUGGCACGUACAAGGCUACUAAGGUUGGAUGCGGUAUUAAGCUUAUAACUGAGAAAGAAAAUGGUAAACACUGGCUAGUUCUCCGAUGCAAAUUCAGUACAGUAAAGAGGAAAUCCACGCAAAUAACCUGGUGUGCUUUGAAUAUUUCGAAAAGAGCGACAGCGAAUAGCGUUACAUUUGACGGAGUUCAAAGUAGUUAUAUAAUCCGAAUGAAGAUGUAUUUACUCCCA